GAAAUCAGAUUUGUGCUUUGCUGGAGCAACCGCGAAGAAAGACCCCACAUCCAAGGAGAAGCUGCAUUGGGUCAGAACUGGUAGAUUGGCUUCUAGAACACUGUCCUUUCAUCCAGUGCAGAUCUAUGGCCACAGGGGUCUGGCAGCUCCUACUGGACAUGGGAAUUCUGUCUUCAGUGGACCAGCAUUUAUACUUUCAGGACACCUAUGUUUUCUACCAGAUUUCGUCUGAUGAGUGUAACUACUUGUACUGGGAGUUUAAGGGAGAAGAGGCAUGGCAGAAUGGUGUCAGACUCUUGCUGCAGCUUGUGCCUCUCAUUCCCAGUCGAGCUGGCAUCUGUGAACUAUCUCAUCAGAAAAUUGAAGACUCAGAAGAGAGCAGUGAUGAAAUUCUUGCUUGUCUAAUUUCUGCGGACCUAUGGACCCCCCCUGGACCUUGCAUCUUGGCCUUCCUGACCCCAGGUCUAACAUUCCUCAAAGAAGAAGAGGUUUCUCCAAGAACGGAUUCAGGCCAUCUCUCGAGAUCAGGUCAAGACCAUUCUUCUUCUCCAGAGCCUCACCCCAAGCUCAGAAAAAGAAGACCCUGGGCCCUAGGAUGAUCCUCCAUUCCAGACCCAAAACCAUCGCCCCUAUCCAGAAAGAAGUAGCCAGAGAGAUACAGUGCUCUUUUCCCCAUUCUUUAAUGAUUUCAGGGUCUGGAAUGAAGGAGUCUUUGAGCCUAGAAAAGAAAGCAACAGUCUCAAAGGUCCUUGCUGAAUCAUCUAACUUCGGAGAAAACAAAACUGAACUUUAGGUCCCACCCUGAUGCUCCAGGCCAGUUUUAUCUAUCUGGAACUUAUCACCCCCUGUCCAGAAAACUUUCCACCCCCUACACCUGCCCAGAAGACUUAUCACCCCCUGCCCAACUACAAUGCCAUCUCAACUAAAGAAUACCCAAAAUAUCCCGCCUGAUUAACAUUUCCCUUAUUGUUUCCAAAAACCUCCUUAUAAAUAUGGAGCCUCGCUGAUCCCUCUUGGAGCUCAGCCUAGUCGUUAGGCCGACUGUCGCCCCUCCUUGCCUGAAUAAAGGUAACCUACUUCCAUUGA